CCUUGUUGAUAUUCGGUCAACACUCUUCCCUUUCCCGAAACCGCCAUCGGAAUUCUCUAGCCGUCGCUGUAACACGACUAUCCUCGCCGGCGAUUGUUAUUUUUUCACGAAACGAAACUCCGAUCGAUGGAGUGAGCCGUUAAAGCGUUUCUAUCGUCUUCGACUUCAUCUUCCCGAAAUUAUCUCCUGUUUCCGCUUUCAUGGAUGAUUCGAGUCUCGAUUCUUUCACCAAACCUACGUUCUCAAUCCAGCAAAAGAGGAAGAGGAGAUGAGAGGGAGGACAAUCGAGAGGAUCAUGGAGGGAGAAAAGAUAGAAUCGAUUCGCUGGGAAGACUUUUGACGAGAAUCUUGCGACAUAUGGCUACUGAGCUGAGCUUGAACAUGCGAGGUGAUGGUUUUGUUAAAGUUGAAGAUUUGCUUAAGCUGAGUUUGAAAACAUCUUCAAACAUUCAGUUGAAGUCACACACAGUUGAUGAAAUCAGAGAGGCAGUGAGAAGGGACAAUAAACAACGUUUUAGCCUCAUAGAAGAGAAUGCAGAGCUCUUGAUCCGCGCAAAUCAAGGCCACUCGAUCACCACGAGGGUCGAAUCCGGAAAGUUACUUAAACCAAUCUUGUCACCGGAAGAAGCUCCAAUAUGCUAACAUGGAACUUAUAGGAAGAAUCUGGAAUCAAUCUUAGCAUCUGGCUUAAAGCGUAUAAAUAGACUCCAUGUUCACUUCUCUUGUGGCUUGCCGACAGAUGGUGAAGUGAUAAGUGGUAUGAGAAGGAAUGUUAAUGUUGUAAUCUUCCUCGACAUCAAGAAAGCUCUUGAAGAUGGGAUUGCGUUUUACAUCUCAGACAACAAGGUGAUUUUGACUGAAGGCAUUGAUGGUUUAGUGCCUGUCUAUUACUUCCAAAAGAUCGAGUCUUGGCCUAAUCGGCAACCAAUACUUUUCUGAUUUGUUGUACAUAAGUGUAUAUUCUUGCAACUCUUUGGUGAACGAGAUCAAAUGUGAUCUUUUUGUAAAAAAGCAAAACCAGCUGAUGAAAGCUUCUUGGUCUUCUUGUAAAUAACGAGCAAGAUGGUGGAUCUUGUUCUCCAAA